CUUCGCUGAAAUUUUGUUCACAAGAUGUGGUGCUACAUCACUGAUUUGACCGUGAAAUGAGUUUGAGCUCCAAUUUGGGUGGAAGUAGUUCUGUUUAGCAGCUCUCGUGCUUCAAGAAAUCAAUUGAAGCAUUUUAAGCUGGAGCUUCUCCAAAAACCCAUCCUGUAGGUAGUAGUAUUUCCAACUCUGUAAAGCUCUAAUUUUAAUGAUGCCCCCAAGCUCUAAUAUUGGAGACACACUGAAAUUUCAGCAGAGGUGGGAGGUUAGGAGAGACAAGGAGCUUGAUUCUUCAAGUGAAGAGUCCAAAUCAAGUUCAAGUAGUCAGCAGGUUCUGAAGAAGCAUAAACUAGUCUCCAGCUUUACUUCUCACAAAAAUGAUGAGUCCACAGAUACUAAUAGAUUUCAGCUGAAGGGCAAGAACGUUGCUGGCGUUGGGGCUCAGAUUAAAAAUGUGAAAUCUGAAAAAACACAGAGUGGAAGGAAUAUAAAGGAAAAUUUGGUUAAUGAUGCAAUGAGCAGGGAUUCUCAUGAAGAACUUAAAAGAAAAAAGAAUGAAACUAGUGCUUCUGACCUGGAUGCACUGGGUGAAGUUAAAAUCUUCAUGGAGUCCUUACUAGAGGAUCUUAAAGAUACGAGAGAAAAUUUGUUUAGAUGGAUGAGGGAAGAAAUGCAAAAACUGGUGGCAGAUGAUACUGCUUCAAAACCAAAACGUAAAAAAGGCAGUUAUGGAAGGGAGAACAACCGAAUACAGCAUCAAAACAAAUUUGAGGAUAAUGUCCAAGUGCAGCACAACUUUGAGGCGACCCUCCCAGUGCAACAUCAAAACAACUUGAAGGAGUCCAUUGAAGUGCAGCGUCAAAACAACUUCAAGGAAAAAUCCCAAGCACUGCAUUCAAACAACUUCAAGGAGAACAUCCAAGUGCGGCAUGAAAACAACUAUGAGAAAAACUAUAUGCAGAGUAAAAAAGAUUUGAAGUCUGGAAUAAGAGAUCAAAAUUGCAAUCAUGGAUCAGCAGAGAGGUCUGGUGAUAUCAAUGAGGCAGCUGGUUAUGUAAAUCACUAUCAGUCAUCUGAAGAUCGAACUACUUGUCGCAAUACUAUUGGACCUAUGGCUCCAAGAAUCAAGGAAAAUGGAGAAACAAGAUUGGUGUCAUCUGUCAUGGAAAAAUUUCAGUCUGGUCCCUCCGUCCAAGCGCAACAUCAGAAGAAUGUAGUGUUAGGCUUAAGAGCUCCAAACUGCAAUGAUGGCUCUUCAGAGAGAUCCUUAAAAGGCAGGAGGGUGGCUGAUUCUAAUAAUUGCUCAAAAGCACUUGAAGAUCAAGUUGGUUAUGUCCAAGCUGCUGGAUUUCUUCCAUCAACUGAAAAGGCCAAAGGAGAAAGGUUGGGAUUUCCUGAUAACCAGAAAUUUCCAUCGAAUUCCUCUGAUAAGGUAGCUUCUUCUAUGUAUUUGACAUUACCGGCUAUCCUAAGAGAGCCCUGUGCUGAGAAUUACAGGCUUGAGACUUCUUCAUACGAUUAUGUUAACCCAAUAACUGUUGGGAAUUGGAGGGCUUUGAAUUCAGAAAACGCAAAUCUAAUGAUUGAUUCAAGUGCUUAUUGUGACUACUUUCCUGACAUGCAGCAAGAAGAAAGACUUGGAAGCUUUGCUCAAACAGGUUCUAGCAUUAUAGAAUGUCUCAACCAAAACAGCACCCCAAUCUCAAGCAUGGGAACUGGAUUCCCAGUUCCACUUGUUCAGGGUAUGGACGGUGGCUUUAACACCUCAAGUCAACUUGGUUCGAAAAGUGUACCCCAAGAAAACUACAAUCUAUUGGGUCUAAGGAUGGAUGGAGGAGCAAUAAGAUUCUCUGGGGAAAACUAUGCAUUAUCCGAGCAAUAUGUUGCCAACAACUUCAACAGGAAUUCCAGUUAUACAACAGAUGGUGGACUUAUGGGGUUUCAAAUGCCAGGCCUUAAAGAGGGUCGUUUAUUUUCCAAGUAGUUUGAAGGGGACGGAGAUCCUAAACAAAAACUUUGCAAAUCUUCACAUUUAAAAAAAAAAAAGAAAAGAAAAAGAAAAAUCCUUGAUGCCUUUGUCUAAUCAUUCUUUCCCAUACCCUGUUGUCUCAAAUAGCCCCCAUAUGAAAUAUCUUAUUCCUUGAUUUUCUUAGUCCAG